AUGAACAAGAAUAUAAUUUUCGUGGUCGCGGCUCUGCUGCAGCUUACUGGAGCCUUCGCGAGAAUUGGCGUUUCUGUAGAGGAAAAGUGUUCUGGCCUGUGCACGCGCGACUUGAUGCGCGUUUGUGGGUCAAAUGGAGUUACGUACGAUAACGAGUGCUGGUUUGAAGUUGUGCAGUGUGAGGGCCCAGGAAUCAAGCUGAAGAACAAGGGGAGAUGCAGCAAGAGAAGAAAAAGGUGCCUUCACCUACGGACUCCUCAUACCAAGCGUAGAGCUCACUAA